AUGGCGAGAACCAGGGGCGCAAUUUGGGCUUGGUUGUCCCCGCUGCUUGUCGCCGUCUCCCUGCUGCUGCUGCCGGCGGCCAUGGCGGGCGAUUCAGAGAGCCCCAUCAAGAAAGUGGUCGUGCUCGUGCUGGAGAACCGCUCCUUCGACCACAUCCUGGGGUGGAUGAAGAGGUCCGUCAACCCGGCCAUCGACGGCCUCACCGGCAGCGAGUGCAACCGGGUCUCCUCCGGCGACCCCUCCUCGCCACCGGUCUGCGUCACCGACGACGCCCACUUCGUCGUCUCCGACCCCCCGCACUCCUUCGAGGCCGUCCAGCAGCAGAUCUUCGGCUCCGGCGCCGGCGCCGGUGAACCCUCCAUGUCGGGCUUCGUCCAGUCGGCGACCGCCGUGUCCCCCUCCCUGGCCCGCGGGGUCAUGAGUGGCUUCCCCCCGGAGAAGCUCCCCGUCUUCGCGGCCCUCGCUAGGGACUUCGCCGUGUUCGAUCGCUGGUUCUCCUCCAUGCCGGGGCCGACGCAGCCCAACCGGCUGUUCCUCUUCUCCGCCACCUCCGCAGGCGCCACCGCCCACGUGAAGGAGGAGCUCGCGAGGGGCUACCCACAGAGGACCAUCUUCGACUCCCUCCAUGCGGACGGCCUCGACUUCGGCGUGUACGCCGAGAGCCUCCCCUGCGCGCUGUUCCUGCGCAGCCUGCGGCGGCUGCGCUACGCCGGUAAGUUCCACCGCUUCGCCGCGUUCAAGGAGCACGCGCGGCGGGGCCGCCUGAGGAGCCUCAGCGUCGUGGAGCCGCGCUACUUCGACAUCGCCGGCGCGCCCGCCGACGACGACCACCCAUCGCACGACGUGGCUAACGGGCAGCGCCUGGUGAAGGAGGUCUACGAGGCACUCCGCGCCGGCCCGCAGUGGAACCAGACGCUGCUCGUCGUCACCUACGACGAGCACGGCGGCUUCUUUGACCACGUCCCUACGCCCGCCACCGGCGUCCCCUCCCCCGACGCCGCCCGCGGCCCCCCGCCCGCCCGGUUCGCCUUCGACCGCCUUGGCGUGCGCGUCCCCGCCCUCAUGGCGUCCCCCUGGAUCAAAAAAGGCACCGGUCAGCUCCGUUCCCUCUCUUCCUCUCUCUCCUUCUCUCUCUUCUCUCUCUCUCUGUGGCUGACAGAUUUGGGUUUUUUCUGGGGGAGAAGUGGUGGCGAGGGCGAAUGGGCCGACGGCGAGCUCGGAGUACGAGCAUUCCUCCAUUCCGGCGACGCUGAAGAAGCUGUUCAACCUUAGCUCGCCGUUUCUCACCAGGAGGGACGCGUGGGCGGGAACCUUCGAGCACGUCGUCGGCGAGCUCACUUCCCCGAGAACGGACUGCAUCGGUAGGGCAACCCUAACCCUCUAACCUCGUCGGAGCUGGCUGGCUGAUGGCCGAAGCGGUUGCUGUAUGUUGCAGAGGUGCUGCCGGAGGUGGCACCGCUCCGGGGGACGGGAGCGGAGGAGGAGGCGGAGCUGUCGGAGCUGCAGAGCGAGCUGGUGCAGCUUGCCGCGGACCUGCAGGGGGACGAGGCGGUGAGCCGACUGGUGGCGGAGUCGAGCGGGAGGAUGACCGUGAGGCAGGCCAGCGAGUAUGUGGACGACGCCAUGGCCGGGUUCCUCCGCGCCGGGAGGGAAGCCCUCAGAAUGGGGCUGGAAGACUCCACCGAGGUUGACGUCUGGUCCGGCCUCGCCUCCAGGACCCGCUUCCAGUGA